AACAGCGCCACUGGGGUCUCUCCAUGCGGCUCGGGCUAUGACAGCCUCCGUGCUCCUUCACCCCCGCUGGAUCGAGCCCACCGUCAUGUUCCUCUACGACAACGGCGGCCUCGUGGCCGACGAGCUCAACAAGAACAUGGAAGGGGCGGCGGCGGCGGCGGCGGCAGCGGCGGCGGCGGCGGCCGGGGCUGGGGGCGGGGGCUUCCCCCACCCAGCUGCCGCGGCCGCGGGGGGCAACUUCUCCGUUGCAGCGGCGGCCGCGGCGGCGGCGGCGGCGGCGGCCAACCAGUGCCGCAACUUGAUGGCGCACCCGGCGCCCCUGGCGCCCGGGGCCGCGGCGGCGUACAGCAGCGCGCCGGGGGAGGCACCCCCGUCGGCCGCCGCUGCCGCCGCCGCUGCAGCCGCCGCAGCUGCCGCGGCCGCCGCGGCGUCGUCCUCCGGAGGGCCCGGCCCUGCGGGCCCCGCGGGAGCCGAGGCGGCCAAGCAGUGCAGCCCCUGCUCCGCGGCGGCGCAGAGCUCGUCGGGGCCCGCGGCGCUGCCCUACGGCUAUUUCGGCAGCGGCUACUACCCGUGCGCCCGCAUGGGCCCGCACCCCAACGCCAUCAAGUCGUGCGCGCAGCCCGCCUCGGCCGCCGCCGCCGCCUUCGCGGACAAGUAUAUGGAGACCGCCGGCCCGGCGGCCGAGGAGUUCAGCUCACGCGCUAAGGAGUUCGCCUUCUACCACCAGGGCUACGCGCCCGGGCCUUACCACCACCAUCAGCCCGUGCCUGGCUACCUGGAUAUGCCGGUGGUGCCUGGCCUCGGGGGCCCGGGCGAGUCGCGCCACGAGCCCCUGGGUCUUCCCAUGGAAAGCUACCAGCCCUGGGCGCUGCCCAACGGCUGGAACGGCCAAAUGUACUGCCCCAAAGAGCAGGCGCAGCCUCCCCACCUCUGGAAGUCCACUCUGCCCGACGUGGUCUCUCAUCCCUCAGAUGCCAGCUCCUACAGGCGGGGGAGAAAGAAGCGCGUCCCUUACACCAAGGUGCAAUUAAAAGAACUUGAACGGGAAUAUGCUACAAACAAAUUCAUUACCAAGGACAAACGGAGGCGUAUAUCAGCCACCACCAACCUCUCGGAGCGGCAAGUCACAAUCUGGUUCCAGAACAGGAGGGUCAAAGAGAAAAAAGUCAUCAACAAACUGAAGACCACGAGUUAAUGGAUUAAAAGUGGAGGAAGAGGGCAACUUGAAGGAACGCUUCAGAACUCACUGCUUUACCCAGAUAACGAUUCUAAAGCUUAAUAAUAAUUGAAGAAUGGGAAAGAGAGAGAGAGACACUGGCAUUUCGCUUUCCCAGGGGGGGAUCUCUUUCUCCUUGGUGGAAUCGACUAUUUUAAAACUUUAAGACAUGGUAAAGACUGCCAGUUCUUCCGCCAGCCCCACCAGACCGCUAAAUGACAAACUCUAGAGUCACACGUCAGCCCCCAAAUACGCCAUUUCAGAUAAGUUACGCAUUUACUGAGAUCUUGUAAGUAUUUAUGUGACCGUUGUGUUUUAGGACAUUAUGGUGUAGGGUAAGAAUCCAAACACCGGUGGCAAAAGCAAGAGGCCGCUGUGACCAUCUGCGUGUCCUGCGCCACCGCCACCCCCUUGGCGUGUUGUUGAGUGACUGCUCAGGUAAACCUUAGUGAAAACCCUACCGUUGUUGUGCGUUCUGCAACACAGGUCAUGGAGAGCUUUAGAUGGGAGAAGGGACGGUGCUGAAGUAAUGAUUUGGGGCUGUUUUCUGUUGGGGGGGAGACAGGGAGGGAAAGCCCGUGCAAGGAUCAUUUGUCUUGGUAGUCACUGCAACCCGCUGAGCCUCUGGGGCUGCAAGGGAGCCCCGGGCUGGGAAAUGUCCUUCUGAUCAUCACUUGUGUGUGCUUACAGCACUCAUAUUGCUGUGGCAUUGGGACUGUAUUUUCUGCCCUGACAUCAUUUACUCUCCAAAGUAUUUGAUACAAUUUUUAAAAAGUAUUCAAAGCAUCAGCCCAUUCACAGAGUUCACUUUCUGUCGGAUCUCCAGAGAAGCACCGCCCCAACAUGGUGGACUUUGGUUUAAGUACAAUUAAUUUUUCAAAUUUACAUUGCUUUUUUCCAAUAUUUACUAAACAUAUUGCUGGAGAAAUAAUUUUCUCCCUUCCUUCCUUCUUUCCUUUCUUUUCUUUUCUUUUCUUUCUUUUAGAAAACUCAGAAUGGAAAUCCAUUCCCCUGAAAUAUUUAGAUGUUUACAUUCUAUAUUUUGCUCUGUUAAGGGAUUCGUAUUUUUCCAUGUUUAUUGUGUUACAAGACCGCAUUAGAAAGUGUAGGAAUUCAUCUUCACAGCACAUUUUUAAUGCAGCAGUUACUUCAGCCAGCACAUUCAUUUUGUUCAUGCUCACUAUAAAAUGCUAUCUUGUAAAUAAAGACAUUAAGCACACUGUGAAAAUGUAUUUGUGCACCUGCUUUCCAAAUAUUCCUAAAAAUAAUAAUUCAAAAGCCUUAGCCCUGUAGAUAGUGCUAUAGUGGUGUUAACUAUGUUAAUAAAAUAGUCACUGCCAUUAAAAGCUGCAAGAAAUACUCAUUAUUUUCCUAUGCUGGACGUGCCCUGCACAAAAAGAAAAGAAGCCGGUUUGUUCUACACAAACCAAGGACCAUUCUUUUCUCUUAUUAUUUAGUUGGGCUUUUUCUUUUUCCUCCAAAUUUUUUAAGCAAAGGGAGAAAUCCCUCACAACUAAAAUCCUAAAAAUUUAUAAAAGUGCUUCAAGAAGGUUAAAAUGUCAGGCAUUCUGAAAACGAGAAAAAGAAAAGAAAAGAGGAAGAGAUAGUGUAAGUUCUCAGGCUCCCUGUAGAAAAUGAAAACCAGUUGUCUAGUAUCAGCGAUGCCCAGGCUGUCGUAUUUUAAAAUCUGCAGUUGGAUCUGCAUGCGUCUGAGAGGGCAGGUUUUGAUGUUUGUUGAAAUGACAGGACUAGGAAAGGCCUUAAACCUUGACCUUGAGAAAAAAAAGACAAUUUGUGACCUUGACUUUUGACAGCUCAUGAAUUGGCCUGGGCUGGAUUAGUAGAUCAAGGGCGCCACCUCGUGUUGACAAGCUUCCUUGUAAUUCUUCAGCUUCAAGGGAAUCAAAAGGUCUUAACUUUCUUGACUCCUUAGAGAUUUAGUACUCAUUUGUUUGGCUCCAGACGGAGCAAAUUUCAAUAUAUGUAAUUUAUACAUGUGCCUGUACAUAUGUGAAUAUAUAUCAUAUAUGUGUAUACAUAUAUGCAUAUCAGUGUGUGUGUGUGUUUGUGUGUGUAUAUAUAUAUAUAUUUGUAGAAUCUGUACAGAUAUAGUAUCAUUAAUUACUGAUGACCAGAGAUGUUGUAAUUUAAGGUGAUUUCCAGAGUUGAGGUACAAAAUGUACUUUACAUGAUGAAGUUUUGCUCCUCUUCUUUAAUGGCCAAGGUCAAUUUGUGUUCACAGCAACUCAUUCUGCAUCAGAUAUCUGCAGAUCUGCUUUAAAGCUGUACCUUCUUGUCACAGUCUAAAAGGUGUUCUUAAAUAACCAGUCUUUUCUGGCCCUCACCCUCCAAGGGGGUCUACCACCCUAAUCAGAGCUAUAGGUGAGUCUAUACAGCAAAUAAAAAGCUUCAGAGGCCUCACUGACUCUAAGGUUCUAGAGUUACAUUUCAGAAAUUCAAAGAAACCCACCUCUUAAGAGGUUCGUAUGGAGAGCUUAAAGAUCUCAUAUCUACAAAAUGACCAUAAUAUAGACGCAGAAGGAGCGUGAUCUGGGGACAGCUCAGAGCUGAGUGCAGCUCCUGGGUGGUGUGCAAUCUCGCACUGAUGUUCGCGAAGCUGCCAUUUGACUUGUGGAAGAUAUGUGUACAUUUAAUAUUAAUAACCACCAUCGAAACUAUGGUAAUUAUUGUUUCUACUAUAUGCUGUGACCCCUAACAACACAUCAGGUGCUGUGUUUAGAGUCAUAAAUAAUACAUAUGUAUGUUGAUAUGUAUUUAAUAUACACACAGGGUAAUGUUUUUGUGGGACCCAUGCUAUGCACAUGUGUAUUGCAAUGUUGGUGGAACCAGGAGCCUUUUACAAUGCAGAAUUUUGAAAUGAGGUUAAUUUUAUCUUUAUGUUAGAGGAAAGUCAUUGCGACCGGAAGAAACGUAUUCAUCAUUUUACGGAAAAUAAAUAAUUGAUUGGUUUCAAACCUGACGGGAAACCUCUCCACCCCGAAGACGUAAAGCUUGUUUCUCGAUGGAGAAUUAUAGAAGGCCUCUCUGAGGCUGUCUCAAAAACAGCACGGCCUUGAAAUACACAUGUGGAGCGGCCUUGGGACGUGCAAUCAAAUCUCGCUGCCCCGGGGACUCGACUCCACUGUGGAAACACAAUGGACACGACGCCUCGGACCCACCUCCCCGAGUCUGGUGCCACAGCACUCCAUUGCCGACUGAGCUGCCAUCGUUCCAAAGUACCAAACAGCCUUCACCCCAGAUGUUUAACGUGGUGGGAAAAUCCCCUCAAAACUGGAUCGCACGGCGUGUUUACGAACGGCUCCAAAGGGGACUCUUCCGUUGAUGGAGAUGUUUUUUUCUUUAGAUGUAAGAACUAUGCUGAGCCUCAGGCCUAGGAAGGAGGCCAAGAGCAGCCCUGCGGAGGAAUACCGCCCCUUUCACAAGCCACCCUCACUGCAGGAACUCUGGGUAAAGUAGUCAGCUUUUUUUUUUUUUCCCCUGCUCUCUCUUUCUACGGUUUUUGAAACUAAUGACAGAAGAUAUUUAAGAGUUUUUUUUUAAAAUGACUCCCUCCUUGUUCUAAAAUAGUUGUUAAUAAUGUUGAUCUUACCUAACUCCUCUCUUAUUUAAAAUUCCCCUGGACCUGCCAGACAGCCCGAAGGGAGCAUGGAUUAUGGUGGCUCCCGAAUGCUCCCAAGUCAUCCAGUCUAAACCUU